UUAAAUGACGAACAGACUAGGGCCUUUAAAAUAAUAGCAGAACAUAGUCGAACAAACAAUCCUGAACCUCUGAGGAUGUUUAUUGGAGGACCAGCUGGUACUGGAAAGUCAAGGGUCAUUAAUGCUCUGAAGGAUUUUUUCAUCAAACGAAAUCAAACACGACGAUUCAGACUUGCCUCAUACAUGGGAGUAGCUGCACGGAACAUCUCAGGCAUGACUCUACAUGCCUCAUUAUUAUUAAACCAAAGA